AUGAACGCGCAUUUGACACCAAAUCCUCUAGAUUAUUGGACCCCGUGCCUCGCCAAGGGAAAGAAGAUUGUUUUACCAUACCAACGGUGUUUUUAUUCGCUAUAUAUACAUUCAAGUGACGUUGGGGGAUCGAAUAUAACAUUUCAUGGAAUAGAAUUCUUUGGAAGGGUCGUUUCUGUAUCUUCUCUGUCUCUGCUCUUUGGUUGAGGAAAGAGCCCUGCCGCUUGCGUUGUCAGGCCAGUGUUGGUUGGAACAACAGUAGCUUCCCGUGCUUACUUUGCACUGUGAAAGUCUAUUCUUUGGACGGAAAUACAAUGCCAGGAGACAUCAAAGUGAAUAUUGUUGGUGUAAGAAUCAACAAUAGGCCAUGAUGUCGGUGGAACUUCAUUUUGUUAUGGGAUAACUGGGAUAUCGUUGCCAUUAUAACGGGUUGAUCAUUAAUAAUUUCAGUUGGAACAGUAUUUGAAAUCAUUCUGAAUUGUUAUAAUACUGUAACAUAUUGAAUAUGCCACCUCAGAGUCUGCUUGACUCACAAGAACACCAAGGGACCUAAGUAAACACAACAGUUCAAGUCCUAUGCGGUAGAACGCACUGAUGAUCUUCGUGUUGCUGGAUAUUCAUUCCUUUGUCAACUGUCUAUCUGAAGAAGGCAGGCGUGAAAAUGGCAUCCUUUUUCAAUUUCCGUAAAAUCUUUAAAUUGGGUGCUGAGAAGAAAAAGAAACAGUAUGAGCAUGUCCACAGAGAUGAGAACCCAGAGGAGAUAUGGGAGAUCAUUGGAGAACUGGGGGAUGGAGCCUUUGGGAAAGUCUAUAAGGCCCAGAACAAGCAAACAGGCAUUCUGGCUGCAGCUAAAGUGAUCGACACCAAGACGGAGGAGGAGCUGGAGGACUAUAUGGUAGAGAUCGAUAUCCUGGCCUCCUGCGACCAUCACAACAUAGUGAAGCUGCUGGACGCCUUCUACUACGACGGCAAGCUAUGGAUCCUGAUAGAGUUCUGUGCAGGUGGAGCGGUGGAUGCCGUCAUGCUGGAGCUAGAGAGGCCCCUGACAGAGCCCCAGAUCCGGGUGGUGUGUAAGCAGACCCUCCAGGCCCUCCUCUACCUCCACGACAACAAGGUGAUCCACAGAGAUCUGAAGGCUGGGAACAUCCUGCUCUCCCUGAACGGAGACGUCAAACUGGCUGACUUUGGUGUGUCGGCCAAAAAUACCAAAACACUACAGAGAAGAGACUCUUUCAUCGGGACGCCAUACUGGAUGGCCCCGGAGGUGGUGAUGUGUGAGACGUUUAAGGACCGUCCGUACGACUACAAGGCUGACAUCUGGUCCCUGGGGGUGACUCUGAUCGAGAUGGCCCAGAUUGAGCCUCCCAACCACGAGAUGAACCCAAUGAGAGUCCUGCUGAAAAUAGCCAAGGCCGAUCCUCCUACCCUGAUGCAGCCGUCGCGCUGGUCUCCCGAGUUCAGUGAUUUCCUAAGAAAGUGUCUCGAUAAGAAUGUGGACAACAGAUGGAAUGUGGCACAACUUCUACAGCAUCCAUUUUUGAGUACUGUGACAGACAGCAGACCGUUGAGGGAGCUGAUCGCUGAAGCAAAGGCUGAGGUGUACGAGGAGAUUGAGGAUCACAAGGAGGAAGAAGAGGAGGAGGAUGGCGAGACACAACGGGGUCACAAACGUGCGCCGUCCGAUGCCAGUGUUGCCAGCACGGAGGACGAGAAACUCCCUCAGUCUCCCUCAGCCUCCAUCCUGGAGUCUUUACCGGAGAAGGCUGAACCGGUUAUCCCGACACCACGGAUUGUUGAAAAGGUCCCUGAACCAAGUGUCGCCAAGCCAGAGGAGAACCUGGUUGUGGACACGGGCUCCGUCGAGGAGCCUGCUGUCCCUGCAGAAGUGGAGAAAAUGGAUGAGACCCUUGGUGUUCCAAUGAAUGGAGAGGCAACAGAAGCCAGUGAGAAACCAGUAGAGGUGACGGAAGAGGAGGAGAAGGUUCCAGAAAUAACAGAGGUUUCCCCAACAGAAGCCAGUGAGAAACCAGUAGAGGUGACGGAAGAGGAGGAGAAGGUUCCAGAAAUAACAGAGGUUUCCCCAACAGAAGCCAGAGAGAAACCAGUAGAGGUGACGGAAGAGGAGGAGGAGAAGGUUCCAGAAAUAACAGAGGUUUCCCCAACAGAAGCCAGUGAGAUAUCUUCUUCAGACCCAGCUGAGAAACCAGCAGAGCCCCAACCAGAAGGAACCGUUUCCAAUGCUGAAGUCACCAUAGGGGACAAGGAGAUGGAGCAACUGGCCAUAUCCAAUCAAGAUGAAAAGGAAGUGGACACAGCUGAGGUCCAGACGAAUGAGAUCACUGCAGAAGGGUCAGAGGCCAAGGAAGAGCCAACAGAAGGCAAGAUGGAAGUUGAGGAAGAACCAGCCAACGAGGAGCCUAGCAGGGAAGCAAAGGUUACCGUGACAACCCCAGAGGAGACUAAGGUGGACGACAAACUCACACCUGCAUUUUCAGCGGUCUGGAAAAAGGAGGAAGGAGAGAAAGAGAGAGUGGAGUAUAAGCCAACUGCGGAGACAGGGACUCCAGUGAAGUCUAAGGAUGAGAAGGAGAGGGAUUCGGACUCUGGGAGUAGUUCUGCUGCAGAUAACGGCAGCAUAGACAUGAACCUGUCCAUCUCCAGCUUCCUGACCAAAACCAAGGAGCCAGGACCCCUCUCCAUACAGGACACCAAGCGCCAGAAGAAGACACUGAAGAAGACCCGUAGGUUCGUGGUGGAUGGAGUCGAGGUUAGCGUGACGACGUCGAAGAUCAUCACCGACAAUGACACCAAGAACGAGGAGAUGAGGUUCCUCAGGCGUCAGGAGCUGAGGGAGCUGCGUCUCCUGCAGAAAGAGGAACAGAGGGCCCAGCAGCAGCUCAGCAAUAAACUGCAGCAGCAGAAAGAGCAGAUCUGCCGCCGUUUCGAACAGGAGACGACCAGUAAGAAGCGCCACUACGACCAGGAAGUGGAGAACCUGGAGAGGCAGCAGAAGCAGACCAUCGAGAGGCUGGAGCAGGAGCACACCAACCGGCUGAGGGACGAGGCCAAGCGCAUCAAGGCCGAGCAGGACAAGGAGCUGUCCAAGUUCCAGAACAUGCUCAAGAACCGCAAGAAAGAGUUCAAACAGGAAAUGCGACUCACGCCCAGGCACAGGAGAAACGCUAUCGUGAAACGGGGGAAAAAGGACAUAAUCACAACUCCACGUGAAGAGGGAGUGGCCCAGGGUAUGAUUCAAUCUUUUCAGUUGUCCUCCUGCACUCUCUUCAAUGCCCCCAUGCAGGAUGAGCAGGAGUUCCUGCAGAAACAGCAGCAGGAGCUGGACUGUGCCCUGAAGAAGAUCAUCCAGCAACACAAACACGAGCUGGCCACCAUCGAGAGAGACUGUCUCAACCACAAACAACAGCUCCUCAGAGCACGGGAAGCAGCAAUGUGGGAGCUGGAAGAGCGUCACCUACAGGAGAAACACCAGUUGUUUAAACAACAGCUGAAAGACCAGUACUUCAUGCAGAGACACCAGCUGCUCAAGAGACACGAGAAGGAGAUGGAGCAGAUGCAGCGCUACAACCAGCGUCUGAUUGAGGAGAUGAAGAACAGGCAGACACAGGAGAGGGCCCGCUUACCCAAGAUCCAGCGCAGCGAGGCCAAGACACGCAUGGCCAUGUUCAAGAAGAGCCUCCGAAUCACUGGAGGUCCCAUCACACCCGAGCAGGAGAGGGAGAAGGUCAAACAGUUUGCAGCCCAGGAGGAGAAGAGGCAGAAGAAUGAGAGGCUCCACCAGCACCAGAAACAUGAGAACCAGAUGAGAGACCUGCAACUGCAGUGUGACGCCAACAUCCGGGAGCUGCAGCAGUUACAGAACGAGAAGUGCCACAUCCUGAUAGAGCACGAGACCCAGAAGCUGAAGGAGUUGGAUGAGGAGCACAGCCAGGAGCUGAAGGAGUGGAGGGAGAAACUACGACCCAGGAAGAAGGCUCUGGAGGAAGAGUUUGCCAGGAAGCUUCAGGAGCAGGAGAUCUUCUUUAAGAUGAGUGGAGAGUCAGAGUGCCUUAACCCCUCAGCCCAGAGCCGCAUCUCCAAGUUCUACCCCAUUCCCAGUGUCCACUCCACUGGCUUCUAGGGGUUAACCCAUUCAUGGCACUCCGAAUGGACAUGAACAUAUAUCCACACUCACAUAUUGAAGGCAUACACAAUGAAUAGAUACACACACACACACACACACAUACAAAUAGACUGGCGCGCACACACACACAGACUAAUAAGACUGAGCCUCUGCUGCCUUGCCCCGUCUCCACUGAUGACAAUCAGGGGGACGAAGGGGCGAUAUCUCAGAGGGGUGUGUUUGUACCCCUCUAUCGGCUUCUGAACGAGGAUGGGACAGUAGCCCUCAAGCUACAGACGGUGUUAAUCAUGAAGACCCUUUUAAUGGUGAUCUGUUAUACAUAAUUUACCCCUUUUUCAUUGUAUAGGGUCGUGUUCAGUCGGGCACACCGCAGCAAGAGUUUGGAUUUGUGUUCUUAUUGUAGAAGUAGUACCUCCCCGUUUCACUCCAUUUCAAAUCAUUUUCCACUGACUGAACAAAACCCAGUUUUAUUUCUUAUAGCUUCCUCUUUUGAAAUAAGUUAUGAAGGAGAUUCUUGACAUUAUGCAUUUUCAAAUUUGAUACUUUGGCACUGUGUUCCUCAAAUCUUAGCCUCCCAAGUCACUAAAGUGUCUCAAGGCAGAUUCUAUUUUUUUUUUAUUGCUGAUUCCUUUUCAUUUGUGAAUCUUUUUUUUUCUUCCUUGAAUAAUCUAGUGCCUGUACACUUUUAUUUCAAUGGGCUGGCUUUUCAAAUGUAAGCUUCCCUCUGGAGAAAAAAAACUAUUGCUGCUCGAUUUUUAUCCCAUUAGUUAUUUGCACUAAAUCAGGGCUGCCCAACCCUCUUCCUGAUUCAGCUAGUUAGGGUCUUGUUGAGCAGCUAAUUAGUAGAAUCCGGUGUGUUAAAUUAGGGUUGGACUGAAAACCCACAGGAUGGUAGAUCUCCAGGAAGAGGGUUGGACAGCCCUGCACUAAAGAAAAAGGAGGAAGGAACAUUUUGUACCAGAAGUCUAAUAUAAUGAACUUAUAUAUUCAAUAUCUUUAGUGAUGUUUGAGAGAGCUAAUGAUCUGAUAAGAAUGUACUUUUGGUAAAGGAUGAAAAGCACAUUUUUUUUAUAAUGAAUCUUGACAAAGGCAUGAUAUAUUUUAUAUGCAAUCACACAUAUCUUGACAAGAUAUUGAAUUUAGUUUCCAAUGGACUAGGGAGUGACUGCCUGAAGUUGUGCAUGAAUUUCAAUGCAAGUUUGACUUCUUAUGUUAUAAUUAUGGUAUCAAAUGUUAUUUUUUGGAGCUUAUUAACAACAGUUUGGGAUUUAUAUUUUUCUGUCGGAAAUGGUUCCUUUCUUCUAGCCUGGAAUCCAAACUGAAUCACUACUUUCACUGUUGUUUUACUUGAACAUUUGUGAAACGCUUGAGAUUCCCAGGCUAGUAUCUUUCUUCAGGUUUCAUGAGCAUGCCUUUCAUCUUCAGCACAACUCUUGAGAUUUGUUCCUGACUUUUUGUCAUUUGGUGUAGUCGGCGAGUGGACAUUUUGUUUUAGCAUACCAAGGAGGGGGUAUUAAAAUGGUGUUUGUUUAUAUAUCCAGACAGAGACGAGGUUUUCACUGUGGUUACUCAAAUGGUGGCGUUAUAUAAUUCGAUAGAAAUCUGUGAGGACCUAUAUGAAGGUCUGUUUUGUUAGAAUUUCAUGCAAAUGUUUGGUAUGUCUGUGUAUUGUUUAUGAAAUGACCAUAUUCUUCAGUUGACCUGCAUGGCUUUUGGGUUUGUUUGUAAGGAAACUAUGAUACUGUUUUAUUAUCGUUCAUGCUAGCUAAUAGCCUUCAUGUUUUCAACAACACGUAUGAAGAUACGGUAUUCAUGUUGUGGCCCUCUGUGUACUUAUUUUAAUCAGACUUCGUUCAAGUCCCGCCCCAAGUGAUCUUUAUAUUCGUAUAGCCUACUGUAUCAUAGUCAAAUGUUUUGUUUGUUACUUAUUUAAUCUAAGGAUAAUGAAUAUGACGUUAUCAUGAGUUGAACAGUUUUGAUAACAUUUUCAGAACUAUAGUUUUAGCUUAUUUUAUGAUAGAUAUGCAUGAUCUUCUCUAAAGUGGUGGUAGCCUAUAACCUUCAAUACAGUUGAAAAUCAUUUGCUAAAAAGGAACUGUUGGACCUGACUGGUUUAGGCCAUCGUGGCUUCUGAUUGGUCCAUUUGUUAUCUCACCUUUUUUUUGAUUGGCUGCAGGAACAACAAUCAGUCGAUGCCAUUUUAUAAUUGGUCUGUAAUAGUGGCAAACAAAAACAAAACAUCAUAUACACAAUGAAGGAUUGCUGUGCACCUUAUACAAAAUGAAGAUACUCUGUGGAAAUGUAUCCUUACGCUACAGUAUUGUAGUUUCCUCAAUUGUCAAAUAGUUCUAAUCUGAAAUUUAAACUGAAUUGAAAAUAUAAUUAAAUACCAAUCAUGUCAAUGUGUUGUUAUUAGUGUCAUGAUUUCCUUCUGAUUUUCAAAUUGUAUCAUGAUUGAUUUCAGAAUGUUGUUUGAAGUUGAACUACCAUUAAAAAAAUGUUUACUUUAUAGUUUAUAGAAUGACUAUGUACUGUAGAUUUACAUUGUUCUGUAAAUAAACAAUUUCCUGUAUACAA